CCACGUCGGAAAUUUCUGAGCUGCAGGUUUUGAAACAAUUAUCUUACAAGUGGGAACAUUAAGGACCAGCAAUGAGAGUAGUGUACAAGGAGGACCCUAGAACGCUUGCAAUUGUGUCCGACACACAUGCGUUGGCGUUCAGAUCACUUCCUCCACCGCCACUGCGGGAAAAACUGGCGGUUGCUGUUGAGUUACUUCCAGCUGGCCAGAUCACUCGUGAACAUGGCUACAGGAACUUGCUUCGUAGAGAUAUUCAUGGAUGUUUAGGAUUGAUUGAAGUGCAAGGUAAGGCGUACCUUGCCGUAGUCUCACGGGCUGCUGCAGGGGUUGCAAGACCAGUUGGAGGACAAUCGGUUGACCGAAUCUAUGGAGUUGAAUUUUUAAGUUUGGUUGAUAAUGAAUGGGAUUUCCGGGAUCUGGCUAAUGCUGGUGGUAAUACCCCUGGAUCUUAUAAUAAUAAUAGCCAUGGUAAUUAUGAUCCAAAUACUGACGAUGAAAUGUCUGUACAUCCAUGUGAUGAAAUGAGGAAACUUCUUCUGAAUGGAUCAUUUUAUUUUUCUAAUGAUUUUGAUUUGACGUCAUUAUUACAAAAUAGAGGAGUAAUAACCAGUUCAAAUAAUAUGGAUGAUGGUGGCGAUACCACAUUCGCACCUUCUAAAACACUGCGAGAAUAUAUGUGGAACGCAUUUAUGAUGAAGGAAUUAUUUAAAUUUAGAGGAAAUUUGGACCCUUAUGUGCAGACGAUCCUUGACACAAACAAGAUCUUUACCACCGUCAUUAGAGGGUUUGCCAAGACAAUUCCGUUGAACAGUGAUGAUCUGUUCACCAUCAUAUCGAAACAAUCCUGGAAACGAGCUGGAACCCGGUUUAAUGCCCGUGGGAUUGAUGAUGAUGGGAAUGUAGCAAACUUUGUAGAAACAGAAUUCAUUUAUAAUCAUCAAUCUAUGGGUCAAGUUUAUGCUUUUACUCAGAUUAGAGGGUCAGUUCCUGCCUUUUGGGAGCAGGACACUACUUUACUCAACCCUAAAAUCACCCUUACCCGGUCGAUAGAGGCCACACAACCAACGUUUGAUAAACAUUUCACUGACUUGUGCACCAAACAUGGGUGUUGUCAUGUGAUCAACCUCUUGUCAAAGACAAAACCAGCAGAAGUACAACUUCUGAAUCGAUACAAAGAACUCUAUUUAAACUCAAAUCAUCGUGAAGAAAUUGACUUUUCAGACUUUGAUUUCCACCAUGAAACUAAACAAUUGGGGUUUGUAGGAGCCACCAAAAUCUUGCCCAUGCUUGAACAAUCUCUUGAACAAUUUGGUUGGUUUGUUUAUGAUUCAGAACAACAUGAAGUGAUCACUAGACAGGAUGGGACUUUUAGAACCAAUUGUUUGGAUUGUUUGGAUAGAACGAAUUUAAUCCAACAAGUGAUAUCUUCAACGGUAUUGAAACAUAUUAUGCAAACGACAAACUCCAAUUCGUAUUCAUUCUCACCAGAAGAUCUCCUUUCUAAGCAUAAUGCUCUUUGGGCCGACAAUGGUGAUGCGAUUUCUCAAAUUUAUACGGGGACAAAUGCCUUGAAAUCUUCAUUUUCAAGAUCGGGGAAGAUGAAUUUGGCUGGUGCUUUAUCAGAUGUCACCAAAUCAGUCUCGAGAAUGUAUCAGAAUACAUUUGUAGAUCUGAAGAAACAAUCGCUUAUGGAUGUUUUACUCGGUAGAGACGCUAGAGCGACUCCGGUAAAGAUUUAUGAUCCAAUCAAUGAAUACAUUCAGGAGAAACUCAGGGCUCAAUCCUCUGUGUACACCACCACGGAAGAUAUCACUAUAUUUGUCGGUACUUUCAAUAUUAAUGCUGCAAAUGCCAUGAGUAGACCUGAUCUUACCAGUUGGUUGUUUCCUCCAGAAAAUGCAGGUCAACCUUUACCUGACAUUUUCGCCUUGGGACUUCAAGAAAUCAUUGAACUUAAUGCUGGAUCUAUGUUGAAUAACGAUGGUUCAAAAGCUCAACAAUGGACAAAAUUGUUGGAUCAGCAAUUGAACAGCAAUAGCGGCGACAAUGACGAUAACUCAAGCUAUAUACUUCUUCGUACUGAAAGUAUCAGCUCAAUGUCACUUCUUUUGUUCGUCAAGAAGCUGAAGGUUCAUUGUAUUACCCAAGUUGCUGGAUCAUCCAAGAAAACCGGGUUGGGUGGUAUUGCAGCCAACAAGGGAGGAUGUUCUGUCAGAUUUGAAUAUGGUGCUACUUCGUUUUGUUUGGUGACGUCUCACUUGGCUGCCGGGAAUGCAGCACUUUUGGAGAGGUUCAAUGAUUAUCAAUCGAUUAUCCAGGGUUUGACAUUUACCAGAAACUACACCAUUCAAGAUCAUGACCAUAUCUUAUGGUUUGGAGAUUUGAAUUAUCGUAUUGCCCUCCCCAACGAUCAUUGUAGAAACUUGAUUCAACAUGGAGCCUUUGACGAACUUCUGGCUGUUGAUCAAUUGAAUCAAGAAAUUCGUGAAAAGGGUGCUUUCUAUGGAUUCAAAGAAGGUGCCAUCAAAUUUUAUCCAACCUAUAAAUUUGACAAGGGAACUUCAGAUUAUGAUUCUCUGGAGAAGCAAAGAGUUCCCUCAUGGACCGAUAGAGUGCUUUACCGUAAGGGCCCUUCCAGUAGGAACAAUAGUUCUCGAUCCACACUCACCCAAUUGAAUUACAAUUCCGUGAUGGAUAUUAUGUGUAGUGACCACAAACCAGUUUAUUCUACCUAUAGAGGACCAGUUACAUUUGUGGACAAUUCCAAGAAGAAGGCAAUUUCCCGUGAAUUGUAUUACACUUAUAAAAAGGAACAUGGUGACGAAGCGGAAGUGUCGCUAGUAGACGGAGAUUUCCUGUCAUCGUCCAGUAGUGCAGCCAGUGUUGUAUCUCCAAGAUCUUCAAGGUCUCCGCCUGCGGCCAGCCAGAAUCUGAAUAGGUUAUCAUUUGCAGUAGAUACACUCUCUCAAAUGAAUUUGUUGGAUGAUGAUCUCCCCAGUGUUACUCCUAGAUUGCCUCAAAGAACAAACACCUUACCAAGACGAGUUCCACCGCCAUUGAACAAUGGGGAUUCAUCUUUCCGUAAGGUGACGACCCCUAACGACAGUAACUCUUCUACUUCUACUUCUAGAUCAACCCAAGUUCCACCACCCCCACCACCACCGAGAAGAACUCCAACGGCCCCGGUUGGCUUUUCAUCGACUCCAUUGAUUCCAAGUCGAUCUAACUCUACAACUCCAAUAACUACAUCAGUCCCAUCACCAGUAGCUACUCCAGCACCAAUAGAACAAUCUAAGACAGCUCCAUUGGUUCCACUGAAACCUGUGGCCUUGGUGGCUGCGAAGACAGGCGCACCAGCUGUUGAAGAAAAAUCUACACGAACUCCACCUUCUGGACCCCCACCACCACGCAGAAAUCCAACAGCUACCACUCCUACGAUGAAUAUGAACGAUUGGAAGCCAUUGGUUCCGAAAUGAUUGUGAUAGCAUAGUUAUAUAGCAUAUCAAUGUAUAG